AAGCAACAGCGAAUCGGUAGUCGCUCUCGCGUAAUGUUUGUCGGUGAUUUCAGAUUCCACGUGGUCUUUUGACGUCUUGUGUGUCUUGUUCAAUCUGAAUGUCUGCAAAGGAUUGAAGAAAGAAAAUCCGUCCAGCCACUCUUGCCAACUACGAAGUGGAUUCCAAUUUGGGCGACGAUAACGAAAUCGAACACGAUCCUGGCACUAGAGUUUUGUUUCCCAGGACAACCAAACUCAAACAGUUUCCAGAUCCGAAUCUUGGAAAUUGAGGAGCGCGAACUGCGACGAAAUCUCUUACGGUAUUGUUACUGUCGGAGAUCCAGUAGUGGUUUAUUGGAGCCCUGUGAAAAAGUUUUAUGACGCAAGAAUCGUCGAAGUUCCUCGCUUGUGCAGUUCAGGGGCAGUCAAGAGACAACUUGAACUAGAUACCAAGGAAGUCUCUGAAGUAGUCGAGACAAAAGAAGAAGAAGAGCAGUGCAGCUGUUAAAGCCCCGAGGGAGGCAUACGUCUCAAAAAAUGCUUCCUUACUCAAAGCUGCAGCUACAGAUCUCGACGUCAGACUGAGUGAGCUAGACAGCGCAAGUGGCAGACAAAAACGUGCGCUAGCUAGGAUACAGAACAUUGCAAACACUUGCACUAAUUGCUCGUAUACACCGCUGACACCAUAUAUGACCGGUUUUCAACGACUCCGCAUAGCAACAGAACUCCACAUCGAAUAGCACUUAAUCAGCAGGUAGUAGAACACUUAUGACACGUCUCUGUUGACGUCAUUCAGCUGCUUCUAUUCCAUUGUAAUUCAACCAGAACUAGAUUAUUUUUGAAACCACUACCAUAUUUGGUAUUUCUUCAAAAUAACAGCAACAUCAAAACGUUUCGUCAAUAUUGACGAGGUGGAGUGUUGUCUGCCAAUGAUGUCGACUUCCGUUUCUCUUGAAGCUAUAUAGUCUCAUGCAGUUGCCAGACUGCAGCAGGCAGUUCUCUUGUUGAAGACUGAUAGAACAAGUUGGCCCAUUUGUACGUGUUCGAUCACUAUGCAGCAAACAGAAUUCGUUGUGCUUCUAGCACUCAUGGUGACCGCUACAACAAUGACGGCGGCCUCAGAUGAAAUGGAGAGCAAGAGUUGCAACAGUAGUUUUUGUUCAAAUGCAGUACCGUCAGGUAUGUAUUGUGUUUUUGGCGCUGUUAGCAAAGGAGAAAUGAAAGGAGACAAAGGGGAAAAAGGAAUGAGUGGAAAAGUUGGUCCUAAAGGCUUUCAAGGUGAGCGCGGAGUGAGGGGAUUAACUGGUCCAGUUGGACCGCCAGGAAUUCUUCGUCUGGACGAUUGUUCUAAUACAAAGAAAGGAAUAUUGAAAUAUAACGACAAUGUAAAUGAGAUAGAGUAUUGCAAUGGCAUCAAAUGGUUGACUUUGCUUCCACUAGCACAACUUGGCAGUUCGUCUUUGCUGCCAGCAUCAUCGUGUAAACAAAUAGCACUCAUGUACAAAUCAUCCUUUAGCAAUGGACCAUAUUGGAUUAAACCAUCUGCCAGUGACGCAUCAUAUCAGACAUUUUGUUAUGGAAAUGAAGGUUGGUCUUUGAUUCUGAAGAUAGAUGGCAAUCAGCAAUCGUUUACUUACAACAGCUUGUUGUGGUCGAACAAGAAAACAUUUCAACCAAAUAACUUGGAUUUGGAUGACAAAGAAACGAAACUGGCUUCGUAUUGGACACUACCAUUUACUGAACUUCGUUUGGGAAUGAAAGUAGAUGGAACGACCAGAUGGAUCAUCUUUAGCUAUACCGCAUCGUCUCUCUACAGCCUUAUUGCUGAUGGACAGUACAGGGGGACGAGUAUUGGUAAGAGUAAAUGGAGAAGUUUACUGCCUAGGUCAUCUCUACAGAGAAAUUGCAACAAGGAAGGAUUCAACGUUAGAAGUUACCACUCACAUUAUGGACCAAUAGUCUCACGAGCACGUCUAGGAUUUCUUGCUAACGAACAAAACCAAUGUGAGUCUCCAGACUCUUUCGUUGGUUUUGGAACAUCGUGCACGCAAUGGUCGGCCGGAAAUAGUGCUGGAAACUACGCAUGCUGCACUCCAGACAAUGGCCCUGCAAACAUCAAAGCAGUUGGCUACAUCAUGGCACGUUGAGAUAAAUACAGUUUGUGAACCGCUGUCUAUAGCGACUAGCAACAAUAGCGUACAUUUCACAUUUCGUACGUUUGCUCUAGAUGACACAUUGUUUACCCAUUCAUUUAUUAGUGAAACGGAUGUCUCAUGCAAUAUUGUUCUAUGUAUAGGUAGUACGCAGCAUGCAGAAAGCAAAUUUUGCUUUCAGUGACGAAAUAACAGU